AUGUCCAGCAUUGAAGGUGGCAAGAAGCAGCCCCUGAAACAGCCCAAGAAGCAGGCCAAUGAGGUGGACGAAGAAGAUAAAGCUUUCAAGCAGAAACAAAGGAGGAGAAGAAACUAAAUGAACUGAAAGCAAAGGCUGAGGGGGAAGGACCCCUUGGCCACAGGUGUAGCUAAGAAAUCUGGCAAAAAGUAA